AUGAAGUAUACUAAGGAGUUGCUAAAGAAGUUUGGCAUAGAGAACUGGUCGGCUGCAGCUACUCCAAUGAGCUACUCCGGCAAGCUUCAGAAGGAUGACGAUGGCCAGAGUGUCGAUAUCACUGCGUAUAUAGGGAUCAUUGAAAUGGUUGAAAUGUUUGAAUCUCUUGAAAUUUCUGGCCUGAGGAAGUUCCUCGGGGGACCUGUCAUCAUUCACGAACCCGAGGUUCAUGAGUUCUUUGAGCCUGCAAGGAUAAUAGGCGAUAGGAUUAUCCUGGUGCUUUUCGUGGAACAUUCAGGAAUCAGAAAGGUUAUAUUAAACAGGCCUGAAAAACUGAAUAGCCUUAACUAUGAAAUGAUUAAUGAGAUUUUCAGAAAAUUAAAAGCCUAUGAAGAUGAUUCCAGUGUGAAUCUUGUUAUUCUUAAGGGAAAUGGUAAGGCCUUUUCAGCUGGUGGCGAUGUUACAGAUAUGAUCAGUAAUAUUACUGCAGGGAAUUGGAGCAUUGUAACAAAGUUUUAUGCAAAUCAAUUAUGUAUAGACCAUUUGAUUGCCACAUAUCACAAGCCUUUGGUGUCCAUUGUAAAUGGGUUAGUUAUGGGAGGUGGUGCAGGUCUAUCAAUUCAUGCAUGCUUUCGAGUUGUGACCGAAAAUACUGUAUUUUCAAUGCCCGAGGCAGCGAUUGGCCUAUUUCCAGACGUUGGCGCUUCGUUUUUCCUAUCGAGGCUUUCCGAUUCCUUUGGAGAAUACUUGGGAUUAACAGGAGCUAAGUUGGAUGGAGCAGAAAUGCUAGCAUGUGGUCUUGCAACUCAUUUUGUUUUAUCCAAGGAUCUUGCUUCUAUGGAAAGUGAAUUAGAUGUGUUAGGUUCAUAUGGACAUACUAAUAUAUCAGAAGUUUCUAGGACAAUCAACAAAUAUGCACACAACCCAUUACUUAAGAAAGGCAGCCCAUAUUUAAGAUUGAAUGUUAUUGACCAAUGCUUCUCAAGGGAAACUGUUGAAGACAUAUUAUCAUCAUUAGUAAGUUUUCUCCUUCAUAAAUUGGAAAAAUGGGUUAUUGAUGCAAUAAAUUCUAUCAAUUCUGCCUCGCCAACCAGCCUGAAACUAUUUCUAAGAUUGAUUCGAAAGGGCAGAAUUCAAAACCUUGAAGAUUGUCUUGUUCGUGAAUAUACAGUUAUUAGUCAUGUAGCCUCAAGAUCAUUAUCAGAUGACUUAUUUGAGGGGGCAAGAGCAAUGUUAAUUGUAAAAGAUAAAAAACCUGAGUGGGAUCCAUCGAGAUUGGAACUAGUGAAAGACGAAUUCAUCGACAAAUACUUUGACAAUAUGGAUGAUGAUGACUUUAAACCUCUACGUCUUCCUCCAAGAACCAAACCAACUUGGUGUACAAAUCUGAGAUCAAAUAUCUAGAAAUAAAAUUUAUGAUUUUAGUGGUGAUUUGA